GCCGUUCCAGCACGGGAAAAACAGCCAAGAGGCAGAGUAGGCGGAUUACAAGGGUCGGGCCUGGCGGGGUGAGGCGAUGCGGUGAGAUUCUGCCAGCGUGUCUCAGAUGGAGCCCAGCCACGUUUCUGCCGCAUGCUUCACUCACGCCAACCCGAGACCCUUCGCCGCCUGAGCUUGACGUCAUUUUUGUCAUCCUCCGAAACAACAGGUGACUGAGGGCCAUGCAGGAAGCAGCGCAGUAUGGCCCCCCCCCCCCCUCUCUCUGUCAGGCCCUCAUAAAUAUUCUACGCUCAGCAAAGGCAGAUAUCAUCGCAGAGCUGUGCCGGAAGGUUCUCCUGCUAUAGGGGACGCUGACGUUUCGCCUGGACCAUGAGCAAUGAGUCUACCGUAUGGAAAAACCUGACAGAAACCACCACCAUUAUACCCCAGGAGCCCGACAAGCAGGACGGCUAUGUGCUGCUGUUGGUCCUCCUGUCCGUGUUUGUGGGCGGAGCACUGGUCUUGCUCUCGGUCACACUGAUCGUGUGUCGCCACUGCUGCAAGGGAGACCGCUGCUUUUCCAGUGAUGAUCCGGAGAAAACCAACGUGACGUACCAGGAAGAACCUCAACCAGUACCAGAGAUCACCAUCCAGGUGGACGAGGCCGACUGCUUGUCCACCUCUAGCUGCCACGAUGUGGAGACGGAGCGUUUCCUCUCUACCGGCACGACCGGCCGACGCGUCUCCUUCAACGAGGCAGCGCUCUUCGACCACGGCAAGAAGACGCAGGAGAAAGGCCGCAGGUACACCCUCACUGAAGGGGACUUCCAUCACCUGAAAAACGCCCGGCUGACGCACCUGCAGCUCCCGGCAUCUGCCCUGAAGAUCGUUACCAUCCACGAGUGCGAGUCAUCUGACAACAGCAUGGCAAUGGCCACGUGCCCUCCCGUGAAAUCCAGCCUCUCCAUCUUCCAGCCGCCAGUGUGUGCACUUCCACAGACGGCCUUGACGGGCCUGACCAUCAGUCUGAACUCUCCCCUCCCUGGAGACACGCUCAACUCGAUGGUGGACACCAGCUUCAGUCAGGGCCCCAUGUCUGCUGGCUCGGAGGCCCUUUGCUCUGGCGCCAUUGAGGCGAUGGGAGCCGCCCCAUGGACUGCCAACAGCCUGGGCAUGGCUGGAGACGGGGCCCCCGCCCCGGGCACCCCCCCGCCUGGCGGCUCCGGUCAGGGCCACAUGCUGCAGUUCUUCACCAAACUGCGCCGCCAUGCCAGCCUGGAGGGCACCAGUCCCUACUUCAAGAUCAAGAAGUGGAAACUGGACAGCAGCCAGCGAGCCUCCAGCCUGGACACCAGGGGGUCCCCCAAGCGGAGACACUUCCAGCGACAGCGUGCUGCCAGCGAGAGCAUGGACCAGGAGGAGCACGAGAGCCAUCGCGCCGACAUCAUCCAGUACAUCGCGCGCAGGCAUGACCCCGCCUACUGCUGCGGCGUUCCCGCCCCCAGCUUCCUGUCCCCGCCCUCCAACCCACCUCCCUCCCUCGGCAGGUUAGAGGUUGAGGUGACGGUGGAGCCCAGCUGUAGUGGAGAGAGAGGAGUAAUCGGCGCCUCCCCGGAACCUCAGGAGGAGGGGGCGGAGGCGGGUGCAACCUGGCGGCUAGAGAGCAUGGAGCCCCAGACACUUUACCACGACAUCUGGACCCUGCGGGCUUCGCUGGAGCAGUAUGCUUCAUCCGACCAGAGCAGUAACAACGACAAAGACUCUGUGCGGAGUGACGCCGACAGCGUCUGCUCACUGGGGGGCGGCUCCGAGAGGCGGGGGCUGCCCAGCUACCCCUCGCAAGACGUUGAGGAUGAGCUGGAGGGGGAUGUGGAGCUGAGCGGUGAGGAGGCCCGAGGCAAGGGGGGUAAGCAGGACAGCGUGGACUCGGAAAGAGGGAGUGAUGGGGAGUCAGGGAACCGCAAGCUGCUUCAGAUGGACAGUGGCUACGCCUCCAUCGAAGCCCCCUGCAAGGCCCCGGAGGAGCUGCGGUUGUUCGGCAGCUUGGGCAGCCCCAAGGACAAAACGGCGUCCGAGAAGCGGCGGUUCUUCACCAGUGCUGGGCGCAAGGGCACCGUGUGCGAGAGCUUCGAGGCUAGCUUGGAGGAGGAGACGGAGGACGAGGCAGCCGGGGGCAGCAGUGCUGAGGCCCAGAGUCCCAUGGGCUGGUCGCCGUACGGCCAGAUGUUCACCUCGCGGGAGCCGGCGCAGCGCCUCCGGCGGCGGGACUACAGCAUCGACGAGAAGACGGACGCGCUCUUCCACGAGUUCCUCCGACACGACCCCCAGUUUGACCAGCAGGAGUCGCCGCUGCGAUCUAAGCACCGCUCCCGCGUGCACUUGCGCAAGCAGUGGCAGCGUUCCAAGCAGUACAGCGACCCCGGCGUACACUUGGUGCUGCCCCUCGACCGUCAGCGCAGCCCGCUCCGCCGUGGCGACAGCGUCAACUACCCGCUCGACACGUGCUACCAUAGCACGCUGCCGCGCAUCAUCAGCGCCCCCGACGAGGAGGCCAGCGAGGGCACGUCCAGCGCCGGCGAGCCUGAGUGGGCGGAGCCUGAGGAGGACAGGUGCAAGGUCAGUCCAAGCAGCAGCGGCAGCAGCCGGACCAUCAAGGAAGAAGAGGGCCGCUUAUCCUGCUCGCCUCCUCCUGGCUCCGACGGCGCGCUGGAGCAGCCCGAAGAUAGCCGGCAGCCCAAGCACCUCCCCGAGCCACCAGACGAGCGGCUGGCCCCACCCCCUCCCGGCUACGGGCCGCAGACCAUCACGGCCGAGCUGACUGACAAGCUCACUGCCAAUCUAGAGGAGAGGCUAUACACCAGCCUCCGCAAAGCCAAGGACAGCUCCGCGUGCAUGGUAGCCGUCACGCGCGCUUCUCCUGACCACAGCCCAGUGUAGCGGGACUCUGCUUUCCCCCUCCAGUUGCUCCUCACAGAUUCUUCAAUGUUAAUUCCACUCUCUGGCUGUCCAGCGUCCCCCCUUAGAUGAAAGAUGACCAGUUGGAACAAUCCAGAAACCUACUCGUGUCUUAUGUUUCUUUAAUUCUUUUUUUUUUUUUUUUCUUUUACUGCUGUAUGCCUUUUCCCAGUGUGGUAAGUGAAAACUUAAGGAACGUACGUGCCCUGUGUACUAUUCAUUCCACUGUGAAAUUGGGUGCUAUUCGAUUGGGUCGGACCACUGCAGUGAGGAGGAGGUGUGACCUGCUGACAGACACCUGGGCUAGAUUGUCAGUGCUGUGUUGCAAGUGCUCUGUAGGGUCACUUUAUAGCUUAGCUUGCGGUAACAAUUCAGUUUAGGGUCCAUGCUCAACAUAGCCGUUGAAAAGGGCUUAUUAUUAAGGAGCUAUAAAAGUAUUUAAGAACUUAUUAAUGAAUAUUAACAUAUUCAUUGAUCUAUUUUUUUUUCUUAAAAUGUUCUACUUAUACAUUGACCAUAUAAAAUAAGGUGUAACAUCCAUCCAUCCAUCCAUUUUCCAAACCGCUUAUCCUAUUGGGUCGCGGGGGGUCCGGAGCCUAUCCCAGAAGCAACGGGCACGAGGCAGGGAACAACCCAGGAUGGGGGGCCAGCCCAUCGCAGGGCACACUCACACACCAGUCACUCACUCAUGCACACCUAUGGGCAAUUUAACAAGUCCAAUUAGCCUCAGCAUGUUUUUGGAUUGUGGGGAGAAACCGGAGUACCCGAAGGAAACCCCACGACGACAUGGGGAGAACAUGCAAACUCCGCACACAUGUGACCCACCAUGCCGGCCCCAAAGUGUAACAUCCAUCCAUCCAUUUUCCAAACCGCUUAUCCAACUGGGUCGCGGGGGUUCCAGAACCUAUCCCGGAAGCAAUGUGCACGAGGCUGGGAACAACCCAGGAUGGGGGGCCAGCCCAUCGCAGGGCACACUCACACACCAUUCACUCACACAUGUACACCUACGGGCAAUUUAGCAACUCCAAUUAGCCUCAGCAUGUUUUUGGACUGUGGGGGGAAACCGGAGUACCCGGAGGAAACCCCACGACGACAUGGGGAGAACAUGCAAACUCCGCACACAUGUGACCCACCAUGCCGCCCCCAAAGUGUAACAUGUUAUUUUUAAUUAAGACCCCUUUUUAGAAUUUGUAUCAAACCAGUAUGAAAUAGAGCUAUCAUCACUUCAUUCAUUAAUUAUUUUUAUCGCAUUUUAAGACAAGUCAGUGUGGAUUUGUUUUGCUUCGUAUUUAUAUAUAAUUUCAGGCACUGGAACAGACAAUCGCAACAAGGAUUUAUUGAGAAAUGAUUACACUAUAUCUAAGUCGUAUGCCUUUUGUUUGAAAAUGCAUUUUUCCAUUUAACUUAUGGGCAGCUUAUGUGUACGUAUCCACUCCCCAGCCCCAUACCAUCAGUUGUCUAGGAGGUAUUAAUUAAGCUUAUUAGCGGUCUGUAGAAAAAGAGUGUUUGGACAAUUACAUCCAUCCAUCUCUUCACGUGUGGUAAAAGUGCUCCGACUGUGUCGUUUUUGUGCCCCUCUGCGGUCAGUGGGAGGGUCACUCAGCAGGGUAAUACUGCUGAGUGACGCAUUACUGCAGCCGUGGGCACUAAAGCAUGUGUGGGAUCGCAUUUUAUCACGGCGCAUUUUAGACAAGCCCGUAUUACAUUUAUGUAUGUUAUGUAGGGGUCACUGCAGUGAAACAACAGGGUUAGAGUAAGAGAAAUACUACGCGAUCUGUAAUGCAGCAAAUGCCUUCCUUUGUAAUAGUGUGCGUCUGUACGUGCCACAAAAUGCCAUUAUAGUCACACACAGGGAAAGUAGAAAGAUUUACAUUUUUACUUCUUAUACAUUUAGCAGAUGCUUCUGUCCAGAACACAUUCCAAACAUACGUGCUGUUGAGGAGCAGGAUCGACUCAACAACGUUUAACAAAGCAAGAACCUAAGGGAAUAUUUUAUCUGUCUUUUCAUUAAGUAUAGUUUUCUGUCAGCUUUAUUUGCGGUGUAAAUGGAAAAAUACUUUUUAAUAGCAUUUGUUAUAUAAUUUGACUGAUGUUCACUCAGUAAAAGUCGUUCCCGUCUGUCCGACCCCAUGCUGAAGUGCAGCGUGAGACAAUACGCCGACUUUAGCAAUUGAAUGCAUUUGAUCAUCAAACAGAGGAUAUUGCAGAGCUAACCAAACACAUGCUAUUUUUAGCGGCCAUAUUCGCCUUAAUGUCGGGAAGCGGUAUCUCGUGGUGGCGAUCACAGACGGCACGCCUCUUACUUUGCAUGUUGACUCUCAGCACAUCCCGCAAUUACUGAUCAUUUGCCUAAUAGUAAGCCAUAAAGGUUAUUUGCUUUUCAGGCAUGGGAAAGAAUGAUUUAUGACGCUGUACCAAUAAACCCUUCGAGUUGGUCAACUGUAGAGCUCCUGUACUGAUGACAUUCUCCAUUUAACGGAUAUUUGCAUAGCAUAGCAUUUGAAGGCUACAUGUCUAUCAGAAAAUGACAGAUUUAAUAAGUUUGCUUGUUGAGGCCACAUCUUAUCGUGGUUGAUGGUGACCAUGUGUGUUGCUGAAAAAACAGAGAGGGUCACUCAUUACAUCUUUUAUUAUGGUGUAACCUGCUUCCAAAAAAAUCUUCACAGGUACUUUUAUGUUUUUUCUCAUCGGUUUUGUACUUUUAAACGGGUACACCUGAACUUAUGUGUUACUAUGACAACUGUCUUUGAGGUUUAUAGCACUUAGGUAAAUAGAUAGUAGUGAUCUCGAGUUUAUAAAAGCAGUCAGGCUGAUUAGGAUGAGUAAUGUAGUAAAGAUAGAUCCAGGACAUGGUGUUUUUGACGUCUUUUACUUGGUUUUCACUGGGAGUAUUUUAUUAGGAUUACUGUUUAUAAGAUGAGUGUUUUUUUUUGCGUCUGCUGUACCGAAGAGGACAGCUCUUAAAUGCAAUAUAAAUGUAUAAUUAGUCCUUCUUCAAAGCGAGGUUUAUAUACCUCAUGAAUGUGAUUACGUUUAAUGCACCACUUAUAUUAUAAGUCAGACUGACAUCGAACAAAGACUAAAAAAUUGAAAUUAUGUUUUACUGUAACACUCAGAUAUGAAUGGUCUAAAGGUCAGUCAUGCUGUAACUUCAGAACUAGUAGCUGUUUGCUAUUGCAGCUGUUCUUGUUGACUGAAUCAUUUUACAAAGUAUAGUUUUCAGUAACUUAUAUCAUUAACAAAUAAAUGGAAAACUAACCUAGUUUACCCUCCCCAGUAGCUGGAUUAACUGGACAAAAGCUUGUAGGCCACUAUUUUGGUCAGCUAGUUAGUUACUUUCAUGCAUAACAUUGAGCAGCUAUGGGCUAACUGGAAAAGAAGAAAAUCAAUGUUUAUCUUUAAGAGUUUUUACAUUUCUUUCUCUUUCAUUGGCAAGAGGCUUAUUAUUUUGCUGAUUAACAUAGCAGUGGCUUCAUAUUAAUAACUUACGUACAGCUCCUUCCUAUCCCUGACCAAAUACAAGAAUCAUGCAUGGCACUGUGUAUUUGUGGGUGAACUGCGCGCAUUAAAAUUUGCACAUAUUAUUGUUUUACAUUUAUCCGAAAUGACUUUGCAGUUUCACUCAUUUAUAGGGCUGGGUAUUUCAUAGUUAGCCACCACUCCCCCUGCUGGCCAGAUUAAAAGGUGCACUUAUUCCUGAGAGUAUACCCAAAUCGUACUGAAGGACAGUUUACUCCGAGUACUUUCCUCUUACUGAGGCUGAUAUUUUUAGUAGGCAGAGAAUGUUAAUUUGUAUUAUGACGUUGGUUAGAAUGAGUCAUAAGUGAGGCGUAAUAUAUUCCCCUUUAACCCAAGGUUUUAUGAGUAUUGCCUGAGCAGAAUCGGGGAUGGGGGGGGGGGCAUUCAUCACCAGUCAGCAUAUCCCAAAGUGAAGUGUGCAGCUUUCAGAUGAGAUUACCUGCACCACUGCUGCAGGAAAAACGGGACUCAUACGUCUGCUUCACAUCACCAAGUAACUGAGGUCCUUCAAGUGUCUUUGCCAUUAAAUAGUUGCCUAGGCUGGGAUUUUGGUUUUAUUCAGGGAAUCAUGACUGGAAACACAACGCGUUUCUUCCAGAAUAAGAAUUAUCUCACAUCAGUGUCUCCCGUAUUUAUUUUAAUAUGCUGCCUUGCUGUAUCUGAGUAGUUCAAUAGUAAGCUUUCAUAAUACUGCUAAGAACUCUAGGAAGCUGGAAUUGCUACAUCCCUUUUCAUACAUUCUAACAAAAUUAACAAAAAAAAUGAAUCUGGAAAAAAAACAGUAAUGAAAAGACCUGAGAACUGUCCAAGGCUGCUUCCUCAGUAACUGGAGGCAAUUAUUUCAUGUUGCAGUCUUUAAUAACAUUUUUAAUGUUUCUUCAUUCCCUUUGCCUCAUUUGUGAGAAUCGGGCUAUGUUUUCCAAUGUGCUUUCACUUUUUGUUGGAGUUAGAGGUAAAUAUCGUACAUUUAUACAACAGACAAACUUGUAAGAAAACCAAAAGUUAUUAGCUGUAGUCAAAUCCAAUUUUCACAAUGAGCUUUGCCUUACUUACACUGCCAGAAUAAUUCCUGCAGAUUUAUAAGCUUUUACACUCUGCAAGUCCUCAGUGACCCCGGAUCUUGCGUGUGGAAUGGAAGCCGGCGUUGAAAAUCUGUCUUUUGCGAUACGGUCUUGUUUUGCGGCGUGCCCCCAGGGGUCGGGCUCCUCAGUCGCCGCGUUGUAUGAGUUACAGUGCAGCACUGACACCCCAAACGAUGUGGGACAACCAGCUGAGUCAGCUGUAGGCCACUCACUGCCCAAAUCUCAUUUUGCUGUAGCCACAGUCAACUGGGAGCUCAGCCAGAGUGUCUAAAAAGCCUGCAGAAACCCAGUUUAUGAUGUCAACAUCUUUACGCCAGUUUCAUUUGUAUGACUUGCUUAUGGUUUGUGAUUUAACUGGAGACAUUGCAACAAUUCUGACCUUUCAAAACACCCAGGACCACAUCCCGCGAUGUCGACGUCAAGGGAACAUGAAUUCUGGCGGACUGAGCAACGUUAUUGGGAUAUGAUUUGACAUAUUGCUUUAGAAGUAUAUAAACGACAAUUUAAAUGCAUAAAAAUAUAUAGAUAGUCGUAUAUAUUAAUAUAUAUAUAGAUAUUUUUAUGUAGAUCAAAUUAGUUUAGUAUAAAGAAUGAUUGGAGAUGCUCUAUUAUUCUGCCUUCUUAUGUGUCAAGACACUGAUUCAAGAUUGUUUUUGUAUCAUAACUACUUUGGGUACUCAUGAGUAUUCUUGAGUAACCCAUUCACGAGUAUCAGCCCAUUUUAGUUUCGCAUCUUUGUUAGAUUUGUUUAUACUUAAGCUGAUUUUCGAGCUGUUAGAGAGUAUGAUGGGCAUCGUGUACUAAAGAGCAACCUGGCUGAGACAUUGAUACAUUACCUGCCUACUUUUGCAUGUUUUAGUGAAGAAGUGUUUCCCCGGGUGCCUGUACUGAAUCAACAGCAUAAUUGUUCAUGCCGUUUUCUUUUUGUAUAUUUAAAAUAAACCAUUCAAAUAGCAUUAGGACUCUAGGAUUCUUUUUUUCUUUUUACUUUUUGGAUCCUGUACCAUUAUAUAUUUAUUCAUGACAUGCGAGCAGAUGGAUGAGGUUUUGUGAAAUAUAUUUCAAAGAAAAAAAUAUUUCUGUAUUCCUGCUUGCGAUGUGUUUUGCCUGUUUCUGAAAUAUAUAUAUGAAAAAUCGAGCACUUUCAGAUUUUGCCUUUGCUGACCCAGACUUUAAAGCCGUGAAGGACCAAA